AUGGUUCAAAUGCCUCGGUACAGUUAUGAGCUUAUGAUCGGUCAAGUAGACGAGAGUGGAUUAUCUCGUCAAGUCUCCAGGAGAGAACAAACGGUUCAAAUACCUCAGUGCGGUUAUGAGCUCAUGAUCAGACAAGUAGAUGAGAAUAGAUUAUCUCGUCAAGUCUCCGAGAAAAAACGGUUCAAAUGCCUCAGUCCGGUUAUGAGCUCAUGA